AGGCAGGCCGAGAGAGGGCUGGGAGUGUGUAUGUGAGAGAGAGAGAAAGAGAGAGAGAGAGAGAGGGCAAGCUUGUGUGUCCUGGCUAGUUUCAUGAGUGAGAGGGAGACAGAGCAGGGAAGGUCUGCGGCGUGGUUUACGUGCAGGACGGGGAGAGGUGUCGAGGUGCUGCUUUUGAGAGACACUUUUGAUGCUGGGUGCAAGAAUUUGAUAUCCAUCACGCAAGGACCAUAACAGAUCACAUGCAGUCUCAGCAACUCACGGAAGUAGUUGGCGAUCCAAAUGGCUCCCGGAUUAUCUUCUCCGGGGAGCACAGAGUCUCUUCAGGGCAGCAGAUACUAACCUCUCCAGAGAUGACCCACGAGGUGGUCAUCUCCCCCGGCCUCCCUACUCCUCCUCUGAGCCCUUUUCGCUCUGCAAGGCUGCCAUCUGGAGAGUUCAAGGUUUCAGAAGUGAAUGGAAGUGGCCCAACAACUCUCAGCUUUGGAUCAUACUAUGGCCCCUCACAAUCACAUGGAGGGCUAUCCAAUGGUGUCCAGGGCUCCUCCACUUUACCACGCAGCUGGACUCCCACCAGGGAGGAGAGGCUUAUCAAGUUCUCUGGAAUUGGUCCAGUGGAUGAAACUGGGAUGCCCAUUGCCUCCAGAUCUAGCGUGAACAAGCCCAGAGACUGGUACAAGAGCAUGUUUAGACAGAUUCACAAGAAGCCAGAGGAACCUGAGCUGGAGGAUUCAGAGCGGUGGUCAACUGAACGGCUCAAGUUAUCUGCCAACACAGAAGAAAGUCCAGAUGCAGACAAGAAUCUCUUCAGACUGACACCGUAUGGGGCUCUACCAGACUGGAGCGAGGAUGUAGAUAAGCUGUCAGACCCUGGGAAGCAGCACCCUCAACCGAAGAGCAUAUUCGACUUUGAGCCCGGGAAGACCACUGCCUCAGAGAGCCACAGCCAGACUCAUCUAUUCCCGAAGAAACAGCCUGAAAAACCAAAGUCCCCUUCAAUUGAGGCCAGUCUGGUCUCUGAGCUGAGUCGAUUUGAGGCUGAACUUGACUCGGAGAUCCAGGGCCUGGAGAGGAGACUUUCCCAGAAGAAGCGGCAUCGAGGCCGGGGUGAGGAGGCCAGAGGCAGAGAUCCUGUUACCGCUCCAAAGACUGUAACUGCAAACUACAGCAAUCCAUCAGCAUCAAAGCAGCCCAUCCAUCGCUCUGUUGGUACAUUACUGGCGUCCGCUCCCACAUAUGAACGUCUUUCCCCAGCAAAUGAAACCAUGGAGCUCCCGCCUAAGAAAGAGGAGAAAAAGAUGAAAGCUGCACGAGCCAAGUUCAACUUCCAGGCUCAGUCACCCAAGGAGCUGACACUGCAUAAAGGCGACAUUGUUUACAUCCAUAGGCAGGUAGAUGCCAACUGGUUUGAAGGAGAACAUCACGGAAGAGCUGGCAUUUUCCCCACAUCUUAUGUGGAGAUUCUGCUUCCUACAGAGAAGCCGACACCUAUAAAGUCUCCCACCCUACAGGUGUUGGACUAUGGAGAAGCUGUGGCGCUGUAUAACUUCAACGCUGACCUACCUGUUGAACUUUCUUUUCGUAAAGGUGAGGUGAUCAGUAUAACCAGGCGUGUUGACGAUAAGUGGUUGGAGGGGAGGAUCUCAGGGACCAGCCGGAGCGGCAUCUUCCCGGCCAGUUAUGUCCAGGUCAACAAGAUGCCUCGUACCAAAUUAUCCACGGACGACUACUCGCCAGGCCCCAUGUCUCCUGUCUCCCCUGGACCUCAAAGUCCAGGACGUCCACUUCACUCACCCUGUCCGCGGUCACCAUUGUUCCCUUUCACCCCUACUUCCCUCAGCCCCAAACCCGAGCACUCCCCCCUGAAGCCGUCUUCACCUGUACCUUACAGCAGCCCAGCUUCACAGUCACGCUCCCCUACCCAGACACCCACACCCAAAGAAAUGGCCAAUCGGUGGCUCCACAGCACCUCCAAAACUGCUUCACCCACCAACCAGAACAACCACUGGGCUGGGACACCCUCGACUAACCAGAGCUCCACAGCUAGAGCCGUUUCACCUUCCACUCAGUUGUCAGCGUCUGCACACAGAGCAGGAGCUACCACAGCGAACACUCCCAGAUACACUGACCCCUCAAAGGGUGCAAUACCAAACCAGGUUGCUCCAUCUAAUCCACAUGUCAACUCCCUGCCGCAAACACAAGUCCCAAACACAGUGGUGCAACACCAACCAUAUAAAGCAGUUUACAACUACAAACCACAGAAUUCAGAUGAGUUGGAGCUCAGAGAAGGAGACAUUGUACAAGUGAUGGAGAAAUGUGAUGAUGGCUGGUUUGUAGGUACGUCAGUACGGACACAAGCUUUUGGGACUUUUCCCGGGAAUUACGUGGCACCGGUUUGAUUUCCUCACUUCCUGCUUGCCCACAUCUUCACAUCAUCAUCUGGACUUAUAAGAGCCCAAUUAAUCACUCCAGCUUCACUCCAACAGAUCCUGCUUUGACACCCUAGCAUUUCUUCCUCCCAUUACCCAAAACACUCCCAAACCUGGUUUAGUCAGACCUGCAUGUUUCCCAGAACAGAGGCAAAGGCAGGGACAUUGAGUGGUUUCUCACCUCCCUGCACGAGUGUAUGCAUGUGUGUGUGUGUGUGUUGCACUGAGACUCUGAGAGUGUUUUCACACACACCACUUGAGAGGAAAGAAUGAAUGCUGAUGAUACUGUUUCAGUUGCGAAGAAUGGUCUUUUUUGUUCCACAACUAUUUGCAGCUGCAGGAAAUUUGCAUUCCUUCCCACUGAAACAGCACUGUUCCCUCUGAGGUCCUGAUACAGUAUGACGCAGCAUCCAGCUUUCUGUCGCCAUAGUGCCAUCACCAACCACUGCUGAGAAUUUUGCUUGAGGAUGGCACAUUUUUCUAGGAUUUUGUUGGAUUAUUAAUGUUUCCUUCAAAUAUCCCCCACCCCAGACUUUCUUUCAGAUCUCUGAAAAUCCCCUGGGCAAGUUUUGCAGAAACAACACGAACAUCUGUAGAUUUGUGCUAAAAGUAAAGCACAGUAAGGGCUCAGACAUGUCAAGAUAAGUUUACAGCCUAUAGGCUUUGCAGAAAAGCAAAUAUAAUUAAUGCAUGUGCUGGUUUCUUAAGUAAGUUGUUUAUUGUAGAAUAUUUGGCUUUGGAUGACAUUUGUCCCUCAUAAGCCAUGGAGUGGAAUGCCAAAGUUGAAAGUAAAGAGGCAGAUCAUGUUGGGUGCUGUAAUAGAAGUUGCUUUGUUCUGAAAUUAAAUGUAAAACCUCUGUACAUUGUACAAGAUAAUCUGUGUUGAACAGCUGUAAGUUAAAUCUAGACAAUGCCUCCACAGCAAAUGGUUGAAUGAUAUUUUGAAGUAUUUGAAGUAAUGCUUUAUGUGCCAAAUCUAACCUUUGAUGACAUUUCGCCUUUAAAUUCUCCACUGAAGAACCCAGGCUCACUUUAUUUCUGCUAUGUUUGCUACUACUGCUUUUACAGUGUUUUCUCUGCUUAAUUAAGGAGAUAGCAUUUUCACUCUGAAAACAGUAUUCUGAAGGUCACUUAUGUCUGUGCCAUGGUCACCUUUGAUGAGUGUGAUCUCUCUAAGCCUGAUUAGAAAUCCUCAUCAUGAAGUCAUUUUGCUAUUUUAUAUGAUAUAUUCAUGAUUUCACUGUAAAAAAAAAAUCAUAUGUAGUAGACACAGGAGAUGAUUGUACAGACUGUAACCUUUUAUCAAAUUGAAAGUAUAAUAUAUAUUUGCUUAUAAAACAAUGUAUCUCAUAUGUAUGGUACGCACUUUUUUAAAGCAAUUAGACAUUACAGAGUGAUACUGAAAGGA